GUAGUGCGUCCGGCCGAGCGCGCACUGGUAUAGUGGAGACGUGCGUUCGGCUGAGUGGAGCACUCACCUCUUAAUUUAAUUCUGAUAGAUCUCUCUCUUCACCCUCUUUCCUUCAGUUUCUCAGAUUCAAUUCUCUCCUCCUUCUCUCUUCACUCUCUGCACCCUUCUCUCUCUAAGAAAUCACCACUGCACCUCCUCCAUUCCACACUCCGGCAAGAUUGAAGGACGCUCGGCGUAGGAGUUCCAGAGAGAACGUUCGACUGGUGAAGCUGUAGAUUAACGAGCGCUUGUUAUUGGAAUUUGAGUAGAGAAUCUGUGAACGUUCGUCAUUUCCGGAGGGAGAUGAGCGUUUGGAAGAAGCAUUGAAUGAAGAGAGCCUGGUUGAUGUUGAAGUGAAGAUCGAGCAGUGAGAUCGCUCGGCCAGUAUUGUAUUUAGUUGAAUUGAGUGGUCGUUCGACCAUCUCUUGUUUUCUUUUGAGUUAAUUCGACCGUUCGGUAUUUAUCCUGUUUAAACCGUUCGGUCAGGUUUCUUGUACGUUUAUCUUAAAUUUGUAAAACUCUUAUGUGUGGCGUGCGACUUUUGCACAUUCGUCCGUUAUGUUGGAUUUGUACUCAAGGACGUUCGUCCUUGAGCUUUCGUUCGGGUUUUAUUUUGUUUUUAGUUGGAAAACUGUAUUGAAAUAUUAUUAAAUGUGAUUUUCUGAUUUUAUGGUGUUAUGCUGUAUUUUUGGGAUGUCACAUUAGUGGUAUCAGAGCAGUUUUGUCCUCUUAAGGACACUGUAGGUUAUGAGUACACUGUGUUUUUGCUGUGUGCUUAAAUUGCGUUCAAUGAGUUAUUUUCGACUCUUUCAACAGGGCUAACGUUCGUUUCUUUUCUCUGUUUCUCAGAGAACCAAUGGCACCCAGACUUCCCCCUCCUCCUCCACCGCAGACUAAUGAGCAUGAUGUGCCCAACAACACCAGAUUGUUGGAAUCAGUAAUUGAAAGGUUACAAGAGCAGAACGUUGUUUUGACGCAGCAAAAUGCGGCUGCCUUACAGAGUUUGGAAGCUGCUCGCGCAAGUUCUGAAGUGACUCAGAGACAGCUUAUGGAGAUUCUUGCAUCUACCAGGGGUACACCCGGAGCAUCUACUUCAAACACCACCCAUCAGGCUGAGUGGAGUUUGGAAAAUUUCCUACAGCAUCGUCCUGCAAAAUUUGAUGGGAAAUGCCUUCCCGACGGAGCUGAUCAGUGGAUAAGGGACAUGGAACAGAUUUACGAUGCCAAGGAAUGUCCUAAUGAUCGAAGACUGGCAUUCACCGAGUAUCUGUUGACUGGAGAGGCCAGUCAUUGGUGGUCGACUGCGAAGAUGAUACUAGCAGAAUCUCACAGCCCUAUUUCCUGGAAAGUCUUCAAGGAAAAAUUUUAUGAGGAGUAUUUCCCGGAUAGUGUUCGAUUCGGCAAAGAGGUGGAAUUUCUCCAGUUGGUACAAGGUAAUAUGUCUGUUUCAGAGUACACCAACAGGUUCAAACAUCUGGUUCGCUUUAAUACCCUUGCCACCAGUGAGGUGUGGCAGUGCAGGAAGUUUGAAAAUGGACUGAGAAGUGAUCUUAAGGUAUUGAUAUCCAGCCUCUGCAUUAAGUCCUUUCCUGUUAUGAUUGAGCGAGCAAAAGUGUUGGAGAAAAAUAUGGCUGAAGCAGAACGUCAGAAGAAGCAGCAACAACCAACUAGAGGGCCGAUCAUGUCCAGGCCGAAUAUGAAUCGGGACAGGUUGCCGUAUGCUCGUCCAGCACAACCAUCUAAUUCUCAGGCUAUGGUUGUUGCCGGACAAUCUGGACAGCACGGAUCAGUCAAGUGUUUCCAAUGUGGAGGACCACAUUACCGGUCUUCAUGCCCUCAGUUAUUGGGAGCAAAGUCCUGCACUCGUUGUGGAAGGAAUGGUCACACAGAGCGCGACUGUAAUAUGGGCGGACGAGCGCCAAUGAGGCCGCCAAAUGCUGGAAGAAUGCAACAGGGAAGGGGUGGACGAGCACAGGCUGUUGGUAGAGUUUAUGCGAUCACGGCCACGGAAGCUGCCAGUUCAGAGGGAGAUGAGCGUUUGGAAGAAGCAUUGAAUGAAGAGAGCCUGGUUGAUGUUGAAGUGAAGAUCGAGCAGUGAGAUCGCUCGGCCAGUAUUGUAUUUAGUUGAAUUGAGUGGUCGUUCGACCAUCUCUUGUUUUCUUUUGAGUUAAUUCGACCGUUCGGUAUUUAUCCUGUUUAAACCGUUCGGUCAGGUUUCUUGUACGUUUAUCUUAAAUUUGUAAAACUCUUAUGUGUGGCGUGCGACUUUUGCACAUUCGUCCGUUAUGUUGGAUUUGUACUCAAGGACGUUCGUCCUUGAGCUUUCGUUCGGGUUUUAUUUUGUUUUUAGUUGGAAAACUGUAUUGAAAUAUUAUUAAAUGUGAUUUUCUGAUUUUAUGGUGU